AUGAUGUACCCUCCUGUCCUGCCGCGCAGGACAGGACAGGACACAGGACGGCCGCACCGUCCUGUCCUGUGCUCAUCUCUGGUUGAAAGUCUUAUUGAAUUAAAUUUAUUAUCAUUAGGAUAUUCAUUUAAUUUCAAUGAACUUUUUUCUAUUUUAAAUCGAACAAUAAAUAUUGAAAAACUUUCAAUUAAAAUCGAUAAUACAGAUGAUUUUCAUUUAAUUAAUGGAAAUCAUUUUAAUUCUUUUCUAUCAUCAUUUCAUUUAAAACAAUUUAAUUAUUUAGUUAAUUAUACAUCAGAUUCUUCUAUUAAUCGAAAAGAAAUUCUUUCAACAUGGAAACAAUUUCCUCAACAAUUCGAUUGUCUUAUAAGUGAUGAUCAAAAUAAAAUUAUUUUAUAUACAAUACCUAUUAGUUUUUCACAUUUGGGUAUUAUGAGUACAUUCUUUAAGAAUUUAUUUUCUGUCAAGAAUUAUUUCGAUAAAAUUCAAUCUUUAUGUUUAUAUGGAGUAAACCCCUCCCCAUAUUAGAAGCCCCCGGGGGGCUUCUAAUAUGUCUAUCAUAUGAAGCUUCUGGAGGGGGCUUCUAUUAAGUCUCAAAAAGUUUCGUAAACUGCCAGGAAAAAGGGUUCGCAAGGGUUUUUGGCGACUUUCAAGGUUUUUAUGAGUUUUCCAGAAGAUUUUUGACAUUAUUUUCAGAUGUUAGCUAAGCUAGAUAAGAGUCAGCCAACUUUUUACCUGAAAAUCGAAAAAUUUUAGCAGUUUUAGCAUGAAAAUGAGAAAAAAAAUCUUGAAAAUUUUAAAAUUUUUUCGAAAAAUUAGGGGGCUUCUAAUACGUCAAACACGUUGUUCAUCUCAGAGGGGGCUUCUAAUAAGGGGGGGCUUCUAAUAUGGGAGGGGCUUCUAUUAUGGGGAGGGGUUUACCAAAUUUAAUUUCUGAAGUAUUUCCCAUAUUAAUAAAAUGUAGA